AAAGCGGAUAAAGCGGACGAGCGCGGACGAUUCGGUAGCGACAUGCAGGAUGGAGCGGAGUAGUUGUCUUUCAUAUCUGGUGCUGCUGCCGGUGCUAGCCAUUGUGCUCUCGUUAACGGUGACCCAGGGCGUCGGAGCAGCAGAACAGCCGGAAACGCAAUCUCUUCUAUCUCCACAUGAACGCGCGGUCAAAACCAUUGCUCCCGAAGGAACGCUAGCUGCCCCGGCGAAUCAGAUUCCGACUGGCACGGAUUUUGCCGAGGGAUUUUUAUCAAGGAGUAUCGAUCCCCGAAAGGAUGUGCGAGUCGAGCGCUUGUUGGCUGAGAACAAGCAAAUUAAGCUGGAGAACGCGAGACUUGCCAAGAAAGUUUUCGACUGCCAGGUUGAAAUCGAAAUUAUUGUUGGCAACUGUAGCGCGAUGAAAAACAGCCACCAGCACUGAACCAGACCACAACAGCCGACGCAACACCAGAUAAACUUAUAUUAUACCCUCUCUCUGUUGUGUACAUGCAUUGCGACACCCGGUCGCUGCCAGAACAAUAUAUUUUUACCAUUAAACGCAGCUUUCCAGCUGUGCAUGCGGACCAACCUGCAGGUCGUUGGGCAUACCGCAACCUUAAAAUGUUUGCU